GGAAUAUAGGCUAUUCAGAGCACAUCCACUGACAAGGCUUUUCAUUACACCCCCCCAACCCCUCGUGAUGUGGUCUCAUCAGCUACAGCGUUUAUGAAGAACAGAAGGUGAGAGGGAUGCUGAAGUAGCGCGGGAUGCUGUGGAGUGAAAACGUCGUGGGAGGAAGGCUCAGAGUGAACCAGCAGGUGGUGAUAACCGAAUGGCUUCUCCGGAGUUGCUUCCCGCAGAUGAGGGAGGCAAACAGUCCGAUCCUCCCGAUGUCCUUGACCGAGUUUCCGGCGCGCUGCAUGUCCGCAAGUCGGGCGGAUCAACAGGAGGAGCGCUCCCGGGGGAGGCUGGCUGUAACCCGGCCCGCAGCUGCCAUGGCCGGUGUCUUUCAGCACCAAGGACGGCGCCGCGCAAGGGGGGCACGGAGCUCAAACUCGGUCACGUCGGCGAGGAGAAAGUCCGAGUUUGUUGCGACGAGGAAUUAGAGACAUCUUUCACCUACAUUGACGAGAAUGUUAACCUGCGACUGGCCAGCCCGGAGACUAGUUGUAGAGGUGCUCACAGACCCGUGCGCAACGGCGAGCUUUGCUCCGAGACGUUACCGGAACUCUCCUUCAUGUCCGAGGAUGAUCUCUCCUUCGGGGAGGGCUCGGGAAGUUCUAUAGACUACGGGUUUAUCAGCGCAGUCACGUUCUUGGUGACCGGGAUCUCCUUGGUGAUCAUCUCCUACGCAGUGCCUCGGGACGUGGCGGUGGACCGCGACAGCGUGUCAGCGAGGGAGAUGGAGAGGCUGGAGAAGGAGAGUGCUCGGAUAGGCGCUCACCUGGAUCGGUGCGUCAUAGCGGGACUGUGCCUGCUCACGCUGGGCGGCGUGGUGCUCUCCACGCUGCUGAUGAUCUCCAUGUGGAAGGGGGAAAUGUACAGGAGAAAGGUCAUCGCUUAUUCCAAGCGCUCCGCCAAACUGUACGGCUCUAUCAGCCUGAAAACUAGAUCCAGUCCUAGCCACUCAUCUGCGCACUUGUCCCUGGAGGAGGAAAUGGAGGAAACUUUGACUUAAAAUGCUGCUUUGCAUAUAAACCUUUUAUGUAUAACUGAGGAAUUAAUGCCAUUCUCACACACUCUCUAACAUAUCAUAGCUUAAAACUGUAUCAUACAUUCAAAAUGUAAGUCUUCAACAUUUUUGUCCCGUAGAAAUAGAUCAAAUGUUCUUUCAUGUAUCCACUGGCAGGCAGAAUGGACAAGAAGAGCACUCUAAUGAAAAGUGAGCAAUAGCUGGAACAACACUAAGUGGUGUCACAUGGUUUCCAAAUGAUUUCAAAUGGCACCGCAGCAGAAAGGUGACUGUUAACAGCUUUGUGUCACAAACACUGAUCCAUGGUUUUUUGUACCCAGGAUGCAAUCUCUGAGAGCCUCCAUUUAUUAUUAAGGCUAUUCAUAUUUAAUGUGAAUGUUUCCAACAGCGAAAUCAUGCACAGACACAUUUCAGGAAGUAAGGGAAGUGUCCCCAGGGUAGGAGGGUGGGAAUAAGGAGGGGCCUUACAGUAUAGCUGCCCCUGUCCACUGUGAUGUGGGAGAAUCAGCUCAGUGGUCCACAUGGUAAUAUCCAGUGACAGUCCCUCUCUGGUGCAGUGCUGAGGUAAGCCAGUAAGCCUGGCGUUGUGCAUCUGAGCCAAAGCUCCACGUCAGUUUGAUUGUACUGAGCAAUUUGACUGCAUUCGACAGUGCUGACAUGCACUGUACACCCUCCUUGCCUCUCUGUUGAUCCUCUCUGCUCCCCUUUCAUCCUCUCUCCUCCUGCAGAAUCUUAUUGCUCUCUUCAACCUAUGAGCACUACAUAAAUGUGUGGGAGUGGUCCUGGGCGACCACAGCCAAGUGCCUGUGACAUUACAAGGUUGAUCAGCCAUUCCUCACCAGUCUCUUUUUCUCUAUCCAUAUACUUAAAGAUGGACAUAGGAACACCUAAUCACACAUGAAAGAGUUACCCUACUUCCAAAACCUUAAGUCACUACUUCAAAGAGCAAAUUACCUCUCCGAAGUGAGCUAUCAUUCUUUUUAAAAGGUUAUAUUUGAUGUUAUCAUGGUGAUUUGUUAACUAAAGAAACUGCAGGUGACACAAGAGCUUAAGAAAAGAGGUUUAUCAUGUGCUAAAAAUGUUAAUGCCCUGGUGAUCAGACAAGUCAGAGACCAACUUCCUUUACUUGGUUGAGGAAGAUUUUAGUUUUUGUCUAAGAACUAGUGAGAGCAACCCUCUCUGUCUUUCUGAUGGUUAUUAAUAUAGUCUGAAGAGGCCUACAGAAAAGGAUAAAGAAUGCCACGCAAUUCUCUUGGAAAACAAAGUCAUUUUUUUCACGCAAGUUACCCUGUAAGGCUCAUAAAUCAUGCAUGAACCACUAGAAUUCAUACAUAUUUGCAUAUAUUUAUAUGCACAGCCAAACGCUGAAUUCCACAAGACACAUGCUGAUGAUUCUCAUGCAAUGUCACUCUGUUACCUUGGUUUCUUGUCCUUUUCGUUUUCCAGGCUGUGUGACCCGGUUUCAAGGCUUACAUUCAAAAUGACAUGAGUCAGCCUCUCUUAAUGAGCUGCGUAGGCUGAUUACUCUAUGGUAAACAGCUCCAGGCCACACCAUUGCUGUGCAUCCAUUCAGUUGCACUGCUCCUGUGUAUACUGUCACUGCAUAUACAUGUGUUUUUACAAGUGCCAUUCAGUGCACAGACAGUGAAAAGACUGGCUCACUGGAGUCUGAUAACAUCUUCAGGGCACAUUAUCAUUCAAAAAUCAUUUGUUGCAGCAAUGAACUAGUGCAAGUCUGCGUUUCUACAGCUUUUCAUUUUCUGUCUGUGACCACAGAGCUGAGAAGUGUGUGUGCAUCCCUGAAAAACAACCAUUACAUUUUGAAAAUGGCAAUAAAAUGCCAAAUGAAGAGAUUUCCAGGAAAGGUAAUAAAAAUUAAUGAUCCAAAUGAGGCAAUGUUGUCCUGUUCUCUUCACAGAAGCUGUAAAUCUACAGCCAGUAUUACAGAUGUUAAAGCGAUAUUUCAUUUAGCGAGCUUUCCUGGUGUUGUUGGCUGUGGAAACACUUUGGGACGCCCAAGUGCUGGACACUCAUUCCUUCCCACUUCCUCUUUCUUUCCCACUCAGCAAUAUAGUCAUAUAAAAUUAAACUCGUUCAACACAUAAAGGGUAACCAACAACAGUACUAGUGCCAAAAAUUAUAAAAGACAAUAAUGAGCAAUUAGUUCAAACCUCAGCAAUGCAAUGGCUACAUUACACAUGCAGUACGUCAGUGCUUUACCUUUUGUGUCAAAAUCAUAUUCAGAGGUGGCAUCAUCUGUGAGAAUGUCACUCUUGCAAUACACAGAGGAUCAUACAUGCCUGAGGGAAGCCAUUAACACUGCAGACUUCAAACAGACUCAUCUGCAGCAUGUAAUGCACUACUAUGCUGUAGGUUUUUACACAUACACUAUUCCUCCCCCUCUCUCUCUCCUGUUCCUUCUUUAUCCUCCCCCCUUCUUCUUUCUGUCCUCCUCCAUGGUUGGCACUGUGCCUCACACCCAACACCAGGCUUCCCCUCAUACAGCCAACUGAACGUGUUUGGGGGAUUUAAUCAGGGAUUUGCUUGAAGCGACAGCAUUUUACACGCCAAGCUCAAAUGUAUUUCCAGAGGUUUCAUACAUAAGCUCUUUAUCCUUGAGCAGUGCACAGCUAAAUCACCCCUUAUUGAUAUUUGGUUGGCUCCACCGUAAGUCGAUCCCUUCAGGUAAGGCCGAGGAGCAGCUGAGCUGCUGCCAUCAGCUAAUUUCCCAAAGGUGUUAUUACA